AACUUUUGCCAAUAUGGACUCCAUAAUUGCUCAGAUCCAGGCUAUCCCCCAAACACCGAUGAAGCUGGCCGGUUGGACAUCAUUCAGUCUCUCAAACAAGUGACAAGAGAACUUCAAUCUCCGAAAGAUGCAAUCAUGAAGCUAGGAACACCGGGGCUAACAAAUGCUAUGCUUCGAAUUGGUGCAGAUAUGGGACUCUUUCUCUCCCUCACGAGAAGUGAUGUAUCAUUGACUACCAUGCAAAUUGCGGAGAUCACGGGAGCAUCUGCUCAAUUCCUGGAGAGAAUUCUUCGUUACCUAGCCGCAACAGGCAUAAUCAAGGAGACCGGAGUCAAUGAGUACACCGCAAACAGCAUCACUCAUGUUUUGGCUGACCCCAAGGGCGAGGCUAUGAUAUACCACGGCCCACAAGACCAAACUCACCUCAUUCGAGUGGCUUGUCCAGCACCCAAAGGACACUUCGAAAACCUGCAAAAGAUUAUGACUACACUUCAAGGAUCAGAGUGGACCGAGGGAUUUGACCUUUUCAUCAAUGAAGCCCGUAAGGUUCCAUUCAAAGUUUCAUCCGCCGCCCCGGAGAUACCCUUCUUCGACGUUGGUGGCGGCCAUGGCCACCAAUGUAUCGAGCUUGGGAAGAAGUAUCCCAAUCUCCUAGGUUACCUUGUUCUCCAGGACUUGACAGAGGCAAUGAAGAAUUUAACUCCGAUUGAUGGCGUGAAGGCUGAAGCUUAUGACUUUUUCCAAACGCAACCGAUCACUGGUGCCAAAUUCUACUAUCUCCGCAGAAUCAUGCAUGAUUGGCCCGACGACAAAGCCACGAAGAUCCUCCGCAAUGUUCACGCCGCCAUGGGCCCCGACUCGCGGAUCUUGAUCGAUGAUGCUGUGCUGCCAGAUACUGGCGCUAAGUGGCAAUCAACCGUAGCCGAUCUUGCCAUGAUGAUAUUUGCUGGUAAAGAGCGGACCAAACAUCAAUGGGAGUCACUUGCAGAAAGCGUGGGCUUGCGCGUGGAACAUAUUAAUGCUUAUGUUGCUUCAACUUAUACCGACAUUCUCGUUUUGGCUUCCCAGUUAGCCACACAGGGCCGUGGGCUGAAAGAACUCCGCUUUCUGGGAUUUCCCGGUUCGCAGAUCUUCGGCUGCGAUGCUGAGCAGGCCUUUGUAGAUCUCUGGUCAGCUGGAAGAGAAGCUUUGUGGUAA